AAGAGGAACAUCCCCAAAUACAGAAUCCUGGGCUUUGGGGCACAAAGACCAAUAAGAGCCCAUCAUCUAUAUGGCUCCUCCUUUAGUCCCUCCCACCCCAGCUCUCCAGGAUUUAGUUCUGGCUGCUCUGAGUGACUUCCCACCUUGUAGUCAUUGCUGCACAACGAGGCCACAAAUCACAGACUCCAGACUUCCUACAGGUUCAGUGCCAAGCUUAGGUCCAGUUCCAUCCAUGGCUCCAAGGUGACUUCUGAUGCCUAAUUCUGGCAUGUGUCACAGCCUCAAGUCCAGUCCAAUUUUAGGCCCAGUCAAAGCAACAGAUUUAGCUUCAACUUCACUUCCAUUGGUAAACCCAACUCAACUUGAUUCUGGCCCAAAGCUCAAUUCUGACUCCACUUGUAACCUGAACUCCAAACUCAGGCCCUAAUCUAGGGCUCAUUCUCCUGAGGAACCUCAUUUCUUACCUCAGGUCCUCCCUGGUUUCAGCCUCCUCCUUGGCCAUAGCACCCAGCCAGCCUGGGCCCAGGACUCUUAGUUUCAUCUCUCACAGACACGGAGGCUACAUUGGUCCAAGCAUGGUAAUGAAGUAUGAAGAUCUCCAGCAAUUGGGGAGUGAGGAGAAAAACCAGGAGAUCAGAAAAGCACCUCCACCCCAGGUUGGCCUCUGGUAUAUCUUCUCUGAGCAUCGCCUCAUCCUGUUAUCAUUGGGCCUCAACCUCCUGCUAUUGGUGGCUGUCUGUGUGGUUGGAUCCCAAAAUUCCAAGUUACACAGGGACCUGGGCACCCUGAGGACAACUUUCAGCAAUUUCAGUGUAGACACAGGGGCCAAUGUCCAGGCACUGACCUCCCAUGGUCAGAGCUUGCAAGAAACCAUAACCUCUCUGAAAGCUGAGGUGGAGGAUCACAGGCAGGAACUGCUGGCAGCCCACAGCUUGAACCAGAAGGUAGUUUCAGUGGAGAGCAGCCUGCAGAAACAGGAGCAGGACUUCAAAGCAGGUCAAUCUGAGGUGGUCCUGCAAGUACAACGAUUGACAAAGAACGUAAUAUCCCUUAACUGCCAGCUGGCCAAUCUCAAGAACAAUGGCUCUGAAAAGACCUGCUGCCCCCUUGACUGGUUGGAGCAUGAAAGCAGCUGCUACUGGUUCUCUCAAUCUGACAAGUCCUGGCCUGAGGCUGACCAGAACUGCCAGUUGCAGAACUCCCACCUGGUGGUGGUCACCUCCCUAGAAGAGCAGAAAUUCAUUGAGAAGCACAUGAGCUCUGUGCCCUCCUGGAUGGGCCUCACUGACCAAAAUGGACCUUGGAGAUGGGUGGAUGGGACUGACUAUGAGAGAGGCUUCAAGUACUGGAGUCCAAAUCAGCCUGAUGACUGGACUGGGCAUGGGCUGGGAGGAGGCGAGGAUUGUGCCCACUUUACCAAUGAUGGUCGCUGGAAUGAUGAUGUCUGCCGGAGGCCCUACCACUGGAUCUGUGAGAUAGAGCUGGGCAAGACCAGCUAGGAGUCUCCCUCACCUUAAUUUAUUUCCUCAAUGCCUUGAGCUGCCAUAGUCUGGAUUGGAAAUCCUCCUGUGUGGGAGUCUCCACCAUUUUGGAGAUUUUCAUCUAGGAUUUUAAGGGUACAGUGAUUUUGGAAGGAGGGGGAAGUUGAAACUCAUGACACUUUCUGCAGUGUGUGAAGCUUAUUUUUGACUUCUCUCUCUUUUUUAAGAAUAAAAGGAAAAGAAAUAUAUUUAAA